CGAAAGAACAGGUUUAUUUGAAAGGAUUUGAAGUGUAUCACUAUGAUUGAUUGAUUUGAUUCAUUCAUUUUGAACGUCUUUGUCCGCGUUGAUGCUCCACAACCAAAACAGUUGGUGGCGGUAAUGCACCAUAUUGAAACGCUAAUUUCCAAUAAAUUAACAGAAGAAGAAGAUCCAGCCAACGGAAACGGAAGUACAUGCUACUAUAGACUCAUAUAUUAUAUUAUGUUAAGAUGCGCCUUAUUUCAGCAUAUUAUUAAAAUUGAUUUCAGCGACUAAAACCAUCUCCAGGAAAAAUGAUGAUGCAUAGAAUGUCUCCCCUGACAGCUAGUGAUGAUUCCGACGAUGUCGUCUCUCUGACUCCACCCUCUCCAGGCAAGAUGGCGGAGCAACACGGCUCACCCGGAACGUGGUCCAAAAACCAGAGAAGGACGUAUAGCUAUAUGAGCCCAAUCAGCAGCGACGUAGACGACAAUCCAGAAAAGCCUCAAAGAAGAGCUCGUGUUAAACAAGCCAAGAGGCAGUCCACUGAGAGUUCACACCAAGCAAAGCCUAAAAGAAGAGGAAGCAUCAAAAAGACACAGAGAUGUAGUGAUGUCAGUCCAGCUAAAAGUGAGUCGGAGCUGGAAGAUUGUCUUUCAGAAGGGUCAGAAACGAAAAGGCGUCAGGCAAGAAAACAAGUGAAGAUAUCACCAGUGGCUUCAGACCAAGGAUCCAGAAAUUGUUUCACUGGAAAGGCGGAGGAGUUUAGUAGCUGUGUUUCAGCAGACAGCGAUUCUGAAAUGUUCUCUGAUGAGUUGACCAAGAAAGCAUCCAUAUCCAGAAAGCCGAAACCAAAGUGUAGAGUCUCUGCAGAAAAGGAUGACCACAGUUUAUCUGACCUGGACAACAGCAGAGCAAAGAGUGGUAGCAUAUCUGAGGAUGCUAAAGACGUGAAGGACUCUGAAGAGCAUCAGGUCAAAAAAUUCCAAAGAAGAAGCAAGCGCAGACAUUCAGAAUUUGCAUCCUGUGACAAUGAAAAGGACAUGGAAGAGAAGCCAGUAAAGCGGCAUGUCAAAGUUACUCCAAAGCGGAAGGACCAAGCUUUAAAAAAGUUACAUGGGAAGUCUGAUCUCCUGGAGCGGCCGACUGAGGGCUCAUCAUGUAAGCCACGAGUUAAGAAAAAAGAGGGACAGGGUCCUCGUAAAGCUGGUCCCAUUGAGUGCGAAAUAUGCGGCCGUAGCAUCCAGUGCAAAGCCAUGUUAAAGAGGCAUAUGUUGUCACACACAGGAGAGAAACCAUUUGAGUGUGAGGAAUGCGGCAAACACUACACCAGCAGCUCCAACCUGCGCAUCCACCAGCUCAGCCACAGUGGUAAGAUGGACUACGUUUGCAACGAGUGCGGCCAGAAGUUCACUCACUUGCCAUAUCUGAAAAGACACCUGUUGAGGCACUCGGGGAAGAAGAUGCACAUUUGUGAACACUGUGGUAAAGGCUUCAUCCAAAAAUAUCAUCUUAUGCGCCACAUACUGGUACACACCGGGCAAACGCCGCAUAUCUGUGAGAAGUGUGGCAUGAGCUUCAACCGUACAGACUACCUGAAACUACACCUGCGCAACAUCCACCAGAUCGAAAGUACCACACCUAAGGGAAGGCCAGAAAAACUUUAUAAGUGCGAUACAUGCAAUAAAUACUUUGCUAACCACUCUUCACUAGAAACACACAAACGCAUACACACAGGGGCCAUGCCGUAUUCGUGUGUUGUAUGCUCGCGCCAGUUCAAACAGUCAAGUCACUUGUAUUCACACAUGAACACACACUCCAGUGAGAAGCCGCAUGCAUGUAACCUUUGCGAGCUGAAGUUCACUCGAAAAGGCUACCUACGAAAGCACAAAGAAAGGGUGCAUAGUGCAGCUGGAGAGCCCCAACGUUCUUGACUGUUUCUACAGCAUGGCCUAAUUUAAAGGAGAACUGAAGGCAAAUUUUUUUAUUAUCAAAAUUCUAUUUCUCAUUUUAUUAAAUAUAGGAAUACAUUUUUGAUCGCUAUUUUGUCACUGCUGUAGCAAGUUAUGGGCAAUUCCAUGUAAAUGUCAACCUCACCAUGCAAAAAUAAAGCAACAUGUAAUGCAUCAAAACCACUCCCAGAGAUAUCACCUAGGCCUGUAUUUUACAGAUGUGAAUAAGUUGAACCAAUUUGUCACAAGAAUUGUUCCCUUCGCCUUCACUACUUUAGCUAAUGACAAUCAAGAAUUUGGUGAUUUCAAUGCAUCCAGUUGAGUACUUUUUUCAACAACCAAAAUAUGAUACACAUAUUCGCCCACAACAAUGUUCAGCAUCCUUUCAGGACGCAAUGGGGUUAUUGAAGCAAACUGUAAAUGAGGUAUAUGAUUUCGCAUUUCAUUGUCACCGUGGAGCCGUGUUGAUGCGACGCCGAUUUACAGGACAGGCGCUGUCACGUCCGUAACAUUUUUUUGAAAAAGUUCUUAUUAUACAUCCGUAUGAAAUGCAACACAGAACACACUCUUUGCGCAAAACUAAUUCAUUUUGAGUUGAUAUAUUAUGGUGGUUAUAUUGCUGAUUUUCUAAACAUAUGCCAUGUCUAUUUCAGACGUGUCACAUCCUCCAUAACGCUGACUUUUCCUUCCGAAACUCUGCAUGAAAUACAAAAUAUUUUAAACAAAGAUUUUUUAAUAUUCACCUUGGACCCCUCUAUCAAACGGAUAUCUCCAUUUCGACAUUAGGUUUACAAUUUCACAGAGUUUGAUAAAAAUGUACAGUCACCCAAGAAAAGUGAUACUUUUUCUGUCACAUCCAUAACGCAUCUUUUAUUGGCAUUUUCUGGCAUGCCCUAGAUGUACUAUGGGAAUUGUUCUUGUUCUAUCACUUCUCCAGUAUGGUACAGCCUUAGGGCGUAUUCACACCUACGUUGUUUGGUCCGGACCAAACGAACCAAAUUUCCCUUGGUCCGGACCUUUUGGGUUGGUCUGAAUACAAACCACCGAACUCUGGUCCGGACCAAACAAGCGGACCGAGACCGAGCUGCAAGGUCGGACUCGGUCCGGACCAAAGGAACCCUGGUGCGGAUCUUUUGGAGGUGUGAAAGCAGACUGGACCUAAUCCGACAGUUUUGCUUUUUUGUACCUCGGGAGCUUCCGUCGUUUGUCGAGCAUUAUGGGAAACAGAGUCUUGACACUCCACCGCAAAGUGCAAACACUGUUUCAGUUGUCAAGGGAACCUUACAACAGUCGUUCAGUCAUUCAGACCAGUGGUAGGCUAGACUACAGAGUACAAAAAAUGAGUAGGGGGUAAAUGUGGGCCGAGGAAGAAACGCGUACCCUUGUGGAUAUAUGGGCAGAUGUCCACAUAUCUGAGCUUUUGGAGAGAACACACAAAAAUGCCGACGUGUUUGCUGUAUUCAGUGAGAAAAUGAAGGAGAAGGGGUUCACGCGCUCCCUAGAACAGCGCUUUGUGCGCGUGUCGUCUCUGACCAAUAGCUGAAUGACCUCAGGGCGCGUGGCUUUGUUGACAGAUUUUGGUCCGCUUACUAAAAUGUACAGUGUGAAAGCGAACCGCACCAAAAUGAAAAAAUAAAAAAAACAUUUGGUUCGGACCAAAGCAAGUGAACUAUCAAACUAUCCUGGUCUGAAUACACCCUUAAAAUAUGCAACACCUGUUUAAAUACUGGGAGACAAUAAAACAUGCACUGGGUCAUUUGUUGCCAUUUUGAGUUCAAGUGUCACGUCCAUAACGCUGGAAUUGCUCUUAUGAGUGUUUGAAAUAUGCCAUGUAAUACAUCAGUCCAUAUGUCAAAGCAAUGGCCGUAAACGAGAUUCGUUGAGACCUGUGCGAGACAUCGUAGGACGGAAGUAAAAUGUACAGCGGAAAUUAAAGUGACCAACCCUGUGCCCGAAAUCGCUCACUCGUUCACAACUCCCUCACUAAGGUUUCGGACAGCACUACAAAAUGGUGUCCCCGCUAUAUAGUGCCCUAUAUGGUGACUAGGGAGUGGAUUCGGACACAGGGCAAUAUCUGCCAACGUUGUCAAAAGACGUGCGCGCCCUCUUUCGAAUGCUGGUGUAAUCAAGCCGGAAGUUUUGUUUUGAUAGCAAUCAGGAAAGUUUGAAAAAAGUAGGCAGUAAUCGUCAUUUAAACUCGUUUUUGUGCAAUAUUUCAUUUGGAAAACAGUUUUCAAAAUGGCGGCACUGACACCUGGCAGACACUUCACGUUUCGAAGUCUCGCACAAGUCUCGUGAAGAUCGCGCAGAUAAGCGAUGCCUGCCGUGGACCAAACGAACUGAAUUCAACAUGGCUAAAAACCGGAUACGCCGAUAAGUAUAAUAUUUAAUUGCAAUUAGUUGCCAAUACGAGUCACGAUAUAAGGUUACUAAACCCGAAAACGUGAUUAAAUAACACGUUAAUUAAGAAAUAAAGCAAGUUUAAAAAUGACUUAAGUUCCCCUUGAGGAAUACUCAAUAAUUUAAAUUAAAAUGUUGAACUGACUUCACUUUCACAGACUCCAAACACCUCAAGGGAAAGGAAAGCACUCUGAGCUGAUUAUUUUUAUAGAAAUCUUGUCAUUUAAAAAAUGGCAUUUAUUUCAUCAUUAAUUUUAGUAUUGUGCAAAGCAGUUAUGUUGUUCAUAGCAAUUUAGCAGAUGCUCUUAGAGCGACGUCCAACACACCCAGAGCAGCAGUUAGGGGUUUUGCUGAAGGGUACUCCAGCUAUUCCUGCUGGUCCAGGGAAUCAAACUGGUGACCUUUUGGUCCCAAAGCUGCUUCUCUAACCAUUAGGCCAUGGCUUCCUCCGCAAUGUGUGAAAGUUGGAGAAAUACAAAUGAUAUUAGUUUCGUUUCCUCACAUGCAAUCUUUCCCCUUAGUAAAAGGUUGUGAAAUAUUUAUCAGCACAGUCUUGUAGUAACUUGAAUUAAAAAUUUUAAUGAUUGUGUACAACUGUGAAGCACAGUAUAAGGUCAGUUAGCAGACUUUGGUUUGUCCUGCAGAUGGCAGCAUAAUCACACACAUCCAUCCAUGCUCUGUUUACUGCAGGUAAAGGAGAACUGAAGGCAAAUUUUUUAUAUCAAAAUUCUAUUUCUAAUUUUAUUAAAUAUAGGAAUACAUUUUUGAUAGCUAUUUUGUCACUGCUAUAGCAAGUUAUAAGUGUUUGAAAUAUGCUAUGUAAUAUAUCAGUCCAUAUGUCAAAGCAAUGGCCGUAAACGAGAUUCGUUGAGACCUGUGCGAGACAUCGUAGGACGGGAGUAAAACAUACAGCGGAAAUCAAAGUGACCAACAUCUGCCAACGUUGUCAAAAGACGCGCGUGCCCUCUUUCAAAUGCUGAUGUAAUCAAGCCAGAAGUUGUGUUUGUUUUGAUAGCAGUCAGGAAAGUUUGAAAAAAGUAGGCAGUAAUCGUCAUUUAAACUCCUUUUUGUGCAAUAUUUUGUUUGGAAAACAGUUUUCAAAAUGGCAGCACUGACACCUGGCUGACACUUCACGCUUCGAAGUCUCGCACAAGUCUCAUGAAGAUUGCGUGGAUAAGUGACGCCUGCCGUGGACCAAACAAACUAAAUUGAACAUGGCUAAAAACUAAAUAGGCCGAUAAGUCUCAUCUCAUCUCAUUAUCUCUAGCCGCUUUAUCCUGUUCUACAGGGUCGCAGGCAAGCUGGAGCCUAUCCCAGCUGACUACGGGCGAAAGGCGGGGUACACCCUGGACAAGUCGCCAGGUCAUCACAGAGGCUGAUAAGUAUAAUAUUUAAUUGCAGUUAGUUGCCAAUACGAGUCACGAUAUCUCAUCUCAUUAUCUCUAGCCGCUUUAUCCUUCUACAGGGUCACAGGCAAGCUGGAGCCUAUCCCAGCUGACUACGGGCGAAAGGCGGGGUACACCCUGGACAAGUCGCCAGGUCAUCACAGAGGCUGAUAAGUAUAAUAUUUAAUUGCAAUUAGUUGCCAAUACGAGUCACGAUAUAAGGUUACUAAAACCGAAAACGUAAUUAAAUAACACGUUAAUUAAGAAAUAAAGCAAGUUUAAAAAUGACUUCAGUUCUUCUUUAACACUGCACACUCAUUCUACAAUGAAAGCUUACAAAUGCUGGUUUUACUGCAUUGUAUAGUUUGCAAAGACAUAAAGGCCAGACUUUGCUAUGGGCCAAACCCAUCAGUGUUCCCUUUUAAGUAUUAAACUUUGUCUUAAAAAUGUCCAAGUUUGUGGAUAGUGUGUUAAAUGCUCAAGUAGUCAUAGCAGUCCAGCACGAUAGAUACAAAAAUUCAGAUUAGAAAAAUACAGGUUUAAAAAAAAAAAUUGUACAGAACAUCUGUGAACACAACUUAAUUAGGCAUAGACAUGAAAAUAGCUGCUGCUUCUUUACAUUCCCACAAUAUUGUGUACUCCUGAUGUAAAUAGCACCACGGUUUAACAUUUAUUUGCCAGUGACAGAAGAGCGGAGGCUAAUCUCAUCCCCUUUAUGGAUAUGUCCUACUUAAAGUGCAUAUUCUGGACCAAUUUCGUGUUUUUUUUUUUUAUAUGAAAGUA